ACAGAUCGCGGUACUAGCCACGGGAACUGCGUUGAUACUGAACACAUCGCGUUGUUACAUUCCACGGACGCUGACGUGAAGAGAAGGAUGAGGACGAUGCUGAAACUCCUUGCAGCGUUAUCGCUGUGUUGUAUGGUUCACUUUGUGGAGGGAAGCGACAGUUGCGGGCAGCCUGCUGAUAUUGUGUUCAUCAUAGACACGUCGCGAAGUAUCUGGCAACCCUACUUCAUUCAGCAGCUAAAGUUUGUACAGAAUGUUGUUAAGAUGUUCCAGGUCCAGCCCGACAAAACCAGAAUUGGAGCAGUGUCUUUCAGCGAGGGAGCUAGACCAGAGUUUGGUUUGGGCGAAUUUGAAACUAAACAGGAAGUGACAAAUGCUAUUGCUAAUAUAGAGUUCACAAUGGGUGGAGCCACAGAUACGUAUCUCGGGCUGCAGAUCGCGCAACAAAUGAUGGCGGACAGCGGCAGGGACGGAGUCCCGCAUAUUGCAAUUGUCAUUACAGAUGGGAAGUCAACAAAUACGACCCUAACCUUACAAGAAUCAUCAAAGGCGAAGAAAGCGGGUCUUCAGAUCUUCGCAGUCGGUAUAGGAUACGGGGUGGACAUCAAUGAACUGGAGGAAAUGGCCAGCUCCCCAGCGGAGGAGUACGUGAAAACUGUCAGCUUCCGAGAGCUGGACACCAUCAGGUCACUGCUUGCUAUGGCGGCAUGUCAUGUGACAACCCCUGUUCCGCCUACAACAGAGCCAACGACUACAACUACCACAACUACUACCACAACUACAACGACCACAACAACAACUACUACUACUACUACAGUUCCAACAACGACCACAACCACUACAACUACAACUACAACGACUACACCUACAACAACGACACAGAGCCUUGAUGCUAUAAUGGGCGCUGAGGCAAUGAGACUGUGUGGUGGAAAGCCAGCCGACGUCAUCUUCGUCGUUGACACCUCCAGCAGCAUCUGGAUUGACGAUUUCAAAGUUCAAAAGGACUUCGUCAGCGACGUCAUCGACAUCUUCGACAUCGGUGCAUGGAAAAGUCAGGUUGGCUUGGUAACCUUCAGUGACAACGCCUCAGUGGCAUUCCAUCUCAACAGGUUCGAAGACAAGGCGUCCAUCCAGGAAGCCGUCAAGGCCAUCAACUACACUGGUGGAAAGACCUACACAGCGGACGCCCUGUCCCUAGUACGGAGUAGCAUGAUGGCUGCCAGGAACGGCUUACGGAAGUCCGUAGCUCACAUCACUAUUGUCAUCACUGAUGGAAUGUCUGCAGAGCCCGAGAAGACGAAAGAAGUUGCAGCUGAGCUGAAAAAGAAGGGGAUGUAUGUUUUUGCAAUAGGUGUCAGUAACCAAACAGACUUCCCGGAGCUGAAGGCUAUUGGCUCCUCGCCUACUGAAGACUUCGUCUAUCAAGUAAAUGGCUACCAAGCCCUGAGGAAACUGAAGAACAUCCUUGCCAUGAAGACUUGCGAAGUCGAGUUCAAAAUGCAAGGAGACCAGCCAACCCAGUGUGCCAGCUCGAGGCCAACUGACGUAAUGUUCAUCAAUGACUUUAGCAAAGCUGGGGGUAAAGACGUAACCAGAAGCUUGGGCAUAAUCAGAAGAUCAGUUGACUCUCUCAACGUUGGUAAGAACAAGAUACGCGUUGGGCUCCUCUCAAAUGACUGUCCUGACGUUGAAGAUAUCCCUUUGAACAAGCACUUCUUCUAUGAUGACUUCAUGGCUGCCGUGACGCCAACAAGAACAAGACCCCUGAGCAAGCUUCUUGCCAUCAAUCGCCGAACGCUGACUCUGAAUCGCAAUGGAGCACGUAGAGGCGCCAAGAAAGUUGCCGUCGUGUUGGCUAAUGGUCCUAUCAGCGACCUGAAAACCGUUGCGAGGGAGGUACGAAGAUCGGAAUAUAGGAAUGUUAAAUUUAUCUUCGUAAGGGCCGGAAGUGAUGCCAGUCUGAAGGAGCUCUCACAGAUGUCGAGGUUUCCAGUUCUUGAUUACGAGAGUGUCGACUUCAAAAACGACAUGACAGACAGACUCUGUGAAGUUAUCAGCAUGUCAUAAGCCAUCUGAAGAGGAAGACGAGGAAACCCGUUAUCGACAGCCAUCAUCGUGUAUAUAUUACCAUUACCAUCAAAAAAGGGUCGUGAUACCACUCAAGUUGUUUUUAACAGCUAAUAUAGUUACGCGUUCGUUGUUUCAAACUUCCUUCUUCCUUUAUUGUUUUUUUUUAUUUGGACUGAGUGAGUUUGGUUUUACGCCGCUUUUAGCAAUAUUCCAGCAACAUCACGGCGGGGGACACCAGAAA